AUGAAUGGUAGCCAAACUAUUUAUGAGAUCAGAGAAUCUUUUGAUUGUCAAAGGAUUUUAUUCCUUAUUCCUUUUGUCUCUGAUUUCUUUCUCUGUUCCUUCUUUUUCAUGUUUUUCUUUCAUUCCUUAAUCUUCUUGUCUUUCAUUUCUUUCUCUGUCCCUUAUCUAGGCUGUUUUUCAUUCCUUAUUCUUUUUUAUCUUUCAUUCCUUUCUCUAUUUGUUCUUUGCCCUAGUUUUCUCUGCUUAUUCUUUUUUUAUCUUUCAUUCCUUUCUCUAUUUCUUCUUUGCCCUAGUUUUCUCUGCUUAUUCUUUUUUUAUCUUUCAUUCCUUUCUCUAUUUCUUCUUUGCCCUAGUUUUCUCUGCUUAUUCUUUUUUUAUCUUUCAUUCCUUUCUCUAUUUCUUCUUUGCCCUAGUUUUCUCUGCUUAUUCUUUUUUUUAUCUUUCAUUCCUUUCUCUAUUUCUUCUUUGCCUAGUUUUUCUCUGCUUAUUCUUUUUUUUUAUCUUUCAUUCCUUUCUCUAUUUCUUCUUUGCCCUAGUUUUCUCUGCUUAUUCUUUUUUUUAUCUUUCAUUCCUUUCUCUAUUUCUUCUUUGCCCUAG